AUGAGUUCAAGUCUUGAAGCUAAGAUCGUUGUGCUUGGAGCACAGGGGGUGGGAAAGACUGCGCUCGUGGAGAGAUAUUGUACAAACACCUUCAACCCCGCAGCGGCUUCAACCAUCGGCGCGUCGUUCGUGACAAAGCGCGUCCUCGAUUCCACGUCCGAUACCAUAGUCAGACUACAGAUAUGGGACACAGCUGGACAGGAGAGAUUCCGCAGCAUGUCGAGACUUUAUUACAGAGGAGCCCAAGCAGUGCUCCUGUGCUAUGAUAUCACCGACCAAAACAGCUUCCAAGAAAUGGCCGGCUGGCUCCGCGAACUCCGCAAAAAUAUCACACCCAGCGACGAUGGCACAGACUCACUCAUAAUCCACGUCGUAGGUACAAAGUCCGACAUUGUCGCCGAUGACCCCUCCCGCCGCCGAGUUCCCUUCGAGCGCACAAUCGCCUACGUUGCGGAACAGCUCUACCCAACCCAAGCCUCCACUCCACCACCAACCGCAAGCAUGGGCGGACUAGGCUUUGGGACAUCUGUGUUUGGCGGUACUAGUGGCGGUAGCAAUGCCAGCGCCAGCGCCGCAGCACUCUCAUCAAAUGCCCUACAGAGUCCGGACUCAAAGCGCAGUUCGGCGUUCUGGGGACAGGAUAUUGGGUGGGAUUGCUGUCAUGAGAUUAGCGCGCGGGAUGGCGAGGGAAUCGAUGAGGUUUUCCGCGUUAUCACGCGUAAGCUGGUUGAGCAGCGCAAUCGGCGGGAUACUGAGCUAGCGUUGUCGAUUGGCAGUGUCUCCAUAGCGAAUGGGGUUGCCGGACCGUUUAGUCCGGGGGUUGUGGAGGGGACCGGGAGUUUCCGGCUUGGUCAUGGCGAUAAGAGGAGGAGUUGGAUGGGUUUGGCGGCAGCUGUUGAUGUUGAGGGUACUGAGCAGGAGAGGAUUAUGCGUGCGUCGCGCAAUAAGGGGCGCUGUUGUUGA